CGUCCUGCCGGGGCCGGAGUUGGGGGGAUGUCCUUGGCCUUCCCUGUGGGCCGGAGGCAAAUCCCCUGCCUGUCCUUCUUGCUUCCUGCCCCAGGCCCCGAGCUGAGGACGGAGAGCCCGGAGGACAAAUCCCCCCGUGAGACCCUGGUGGGAGAGGCCGUUUUGAAGGGCUCCCCGGCGCAGGAAGGCAGCGGGGAGGAAAAGGGCCGGAGAUCCCCCCGCAGGAGGGGCUCCAAAGCCAUCCCAGGGUGCUGUGAGGAGGAAAGAGCCAGCCUGUGCCGGGAAGGCGGCCGGAGCUUGAUGGGGAGCUCCAACCUGGUGGUCCCUGAUCAGCCUCCCAGCAGGGAGAAGACCCUCAGGUGCUGGGAAUGUGGGAAGAGCUUCAGGAAGAGCUCUCACCUGCUCCGACACCAGGACAUGCACACUGGGGCACGUCCCUACACGUGUGAGGAAUGUGGGAAGAGCUUCAGCCGGAGGUACCACCUCCGCACCCACCAGCUCAUCCACACCGGGGAACGGCCCUACACAUGUGGGGAAUGUGGGAAGAGCUUCAACCGGAGCUUUCACCUUCGUUCCCACCAGCACAUCCACACUGGAGAAUGUCCUUACAUGUGUAGGGAAUGUGGGAAGAGCUUCAGCCGGAGAUCCAACCUCCGCAAACACCAUCGCAUCCACACCAGGGAACGGCCCUACAAGUGCUUGGAUUGUGGGAAGAGGUUUCCAACCAGUGGGAAUCUCUACAGGCACCAGCGGACGCACACGGAUGAGAGGCCCUUCCGCUGCACCGAGUGCGGGAAGGGCUUCAACCAGAACUCCCAUCUUGUCAGGCACCAUCGCAUCCACACCGGGGAGAGGCCCUACAAGUGUGGGGAGUGUGGGAAGAGCUUCAUCCGAAACUCUACCUUGACCAGACACCAACGGACCCACCAGUAAGGGAAGCCCUGUGAGUGCCCCAACUGCAGGAAGAGCUUCGGCCGUAGGACUGACACGCAAAAAAGGUUUCAAAAGGUCUUCAGGAUUUUGAGUAUCUGCACUCCAACAUCAAUUUAUUCUUUUGAAUAUGUGUAAGUUUAACCUCAUUUUAGUCUGAAAGCCAAAUUCACCACUACCCCAUUCCCUGAUAACCGUGGGCUGAUUCUGACAAGUGAGGCAGAAAUUACCCACUGCCCAGCAAAAACCAGUGGGGCCAGCCAGUGGUCUCUGCCCUGGCAGCCCAGUUUCCCCAGUCUCAUCUCAAAAUGACCAUUUACACUGAAGCAAAGAGCACUGGAACCAGUGCAACAAGCCC